AUGCGCCGAGGCCAGGGGGCUCGGGCGGGGCUCGGGGAGGACUGGACGGUGCUCGGCUCUGCGUCGAGCGUUGGCGCGCCUGCCUCCACGCACGGACAGAUGACGUCCGCCCGUGCUUGGGUUAUAAUACCCAGCAGCCGGCCGCACGCGAGCAGACACACAAUCCUCUCCGACGUUAGCAUGACAGUGUCGGACGCGUCGACCCGACCGCCGUCGUCUUCUCGUCCUGAUCCGCAGCAGCGCGAUGCGCACCCCGGCGGCGAUGGUACUAGUAGCGGUCCCGCGGCGUCCCAUCCCACCCCCGCCGCUGCCCUGCCGCGCACGAUGAGCACCGCCUCCGCUGCCUACCACGAGCCCGCGUGGUCCGACCCGCUCGACUUGCCGCCCGUCGCGCGCCCGCUCACGUCGUCGCUGCACCCCAUCCCGCCGUCCUCGUCCCUCUCCACGCUCUCCCCCGUCUCCUCCGCCCCCGGCACGCCCGCCCCGCUCGACCGCAUCCCCUCCUUCGAGCGCGAGUUCUGCACGAACUUUACGUGCUGCGGGCUCUCGCUCUCGGACCUGCACGAGCUCGUCGACCACUUCGAGGAGUCCCACGUCCUCGUCGCCCAGCGGUACCACCCCUACCCGCGCGUCCUCUCCUACCCCAACCCCAGCCCCGAGCCCGACUACCCGUCGGAGCGGGAAGCGUCAAAACCUCGCCCCGGGCUGGUAGUCAGCCACAGCUGCCCGCGCCCGUCGUCGCUAUCCCCGCCGCCCCCCGCCGACUGCGGGUUCGCGUACGACCCCGACCCGUGCGCGAUCCUCCAGCACCAGUACGACCGCCCGCCGCCAUACCCGUAUCUCCCCCCGUACCAGGACGGCGAGUGGUGGGACGCCUCCGCGGCAGAGCCCGGCGACGGUCCUAGCCGGGUGGGCCCCGACGUGUCCUUUGCGCCCUCCCAAGCCCAGGCCCAAGCCCGACGAUCAUCGGCGGACGAAGUCGGCCUGCCCCCCGGAGCGUUCACGGUCCCGCACGCCCCCUCCACCUCGCCUCUCCCCCACCCCACCACCACCACCGCCGCACAGAAACCCAAGAAAUCCAGCGGCGCAAAGCUCGAGCGCCGACGCGAGCGCGCGAAGAGGGAGCGCGGCUUCCGCUGCCCGCAGCCCGGGUGCGUGAAGAGCUACCUCAACCCGAACGGGUUGAAGUACCACCUGGAGAAGGGGACGUGUGUGUUUGAGGGGGCCGGCGGGGUCGGGGUGGCGUGAUUCAGACUCGAGGGUAAGGGGACCGGAUGCGCAGAAUGGAUGGGCGGGAAAGUAGAUCCGGAUAGGGGUCGUAGGUUAGAAGUAAUGUAAUACCGUUAUGGUGUAUGUAUUGUACUGGCAUCAGGGACCGGGCGGGUAGGUGUAUGCAGGGCAUCUGCACAACCGCCGGGAACUUGAAGAUUCGUGAUUAGCGAUGGACGGCGGUCAGUAGCACAGUGAUAAGAUAACCUAAUGUAGCAACAGAACACCUCCUCCCGCCUCUGCUGAAUCUGCGUCCCGUCCGACAUCUCGCGCACCGGGUAUAAUAGUACAAUAACUUGGACUGCCUUUCUUUCUUCCCUGUCCCUUCUCCCUUCCUUUUCCUUUCCUUGAUCACUCCCCCGCCCCCGCCUCCUCCUCACCGUCCCCC